GCCCAGGCGUUGAAAAAAUGUACACAAAUUUUGUGAGUGAGUGAGUGAAAAUCCAGUGCCGAGCCUCUUGGAAGCUGCAAUGAAAUCCUAGAAAUGUCCAGUCAGGCGGGGAAACUGCGACCGGGUCCUUCGACCAAGCCGGAUCGCAAUGCUAACGAGGAGAACCAACUGGGCGCCAAGCCCAAGGGCCAAAGGACUGACAAUCACUCGAACCAGCCGAAGAUGCUGCCACAUCCCAACUACAUGGAACUGGAGUUCCUGCCCACGGAGCCCACGACCUCGGGACAGAGUACCACCUAUCCGGAUCUGCCAGUUAGCUAUGCCACCUGUUUGGUGGGUCCACCGCCCUACAGAGAUCCACCGCCCCCCACACCACCGCCCCUUUCGCAAAUGCCCUCGAGGCUGCUCCACUCCGCCCCCAACACGCCCAGUCGCGGCAAGGUCGUGCUGAGCAAAAAGGAGCGCAAGGAGCUCAGCAAACAGCUGGGCAUCGAUGAGUCCUCCAUCCUGAGCAGCAGUGCCCAGUCGAGUCCCUAUAAGGGACGUGUGAGUGAGCUGAAGAACUGCAUAGCUCGAGGGCUCUUCGCCACCCUUCAUCGGGGUUCGCAGAAGUCCCUGCACCAGCAGGACGACCGACCUGUCAGCCAGGAGAUUUCACCCCCACCUCCGGCUCCGGAAUCAGCUAAUAAUAAUGAAGAUGUAGCUGAUUACUCUGAAAAACUAAAGAAUCUGCCAGUAAGGCAACGUAAGGCUGCCACUUCGCACAUGGAAAACUAUUGCCUCUUCGAUCCGGUGGACUUCAUAAACGAGAAAGCCAUGAGAUAUCCUAGUUCCCAUGCCCAUGGCCUGAGGGAUCCCCUCUUCAGCUCAAGACAGCACUUGGUCUGCGAGGACGAAGAUGAAAUGGUGCCGGAGGUGAUAUACGACAAUGAGGAACUGGAACUGGAGGAGACCAUCAUUAUAGAGACCUCGGCCAUGCCAGAAGCCGAAUCGGAGGCAGAACCGACUCCCAAGAACACAGAGAUCCUUUCCAGCUUUGAUCACCACAACUACUUUAUAAUAGAGCCAGGGGACUUCGCCAUGGAUAUUGGCAUACCCAAUCCCUAUACCAACGAGCAAGUGGUGAAUGCCAAGCUGGAGCAGCAGAAUCUGGAGAAGCUCUUCAGCGAACUGGAGAAUACGGCCAGCAUGUCGAACAGUCAGGAGUCCAAGGAUACGGAGACCACCUCCACUGCCCUGGUGGAAUCGUCCACUUCGACUAACUCUGCCAGCUCGGCGGGCAGCUGCUCCCUGGCCAAUCCUGCCCAGCAAUCUAUGAAGAAGAAGCUGACCUUUCUUAACCUCUCACCCUUCCGGAGUGGCAAGAAGUCCUGCGAUAAGAACACCUUUGAACAGCAGCGGGCCAUUUCCGAGUUGGUCAGCACGGAUCACAUGUUGCACCUGCAGCAGUUGUUGCAGCAACAGCGGAAGGAUCAGAGAUCUCACACUGUGCCCACGGAGUCCAAUUAUGUGUUGUUCAACCCCGGUCCAGUGCCCAGUCGUCAUGUCCAGUAUAAGAUACGGAAGCCACGACCUCUGUCAACGCACAGUGAUGCGGAUAGUGGAUUUCUAUCGCCCUGUUCUCCAGAUGAAAUGAGGGCCAAUCCGGCUAUCUUAGUGCUCCAGCAGUGCGACAGUGUCCAGGGAUACAUGGAGAUAUACACCGACUGGGCCAACUAUUACUUGGAACGUGCCAAAUCGAAAAGAAAGGUCACUGAUCUCUCGGCCGAUUGUCGGGAUGGCCUUCUGCUGGCCGAGGUCAUCGAGGCGGUCACCAGCUUCAAGGUGCCCGAUCUGGUCAAGAAGCCAAAGAGUCAACAGCAAAUGUUUGACAACGUCAACUCGUGUCUGCAUGUGCUGCGAAGCCAGUCGGUCGGCGGCUUGGAGAACAUCACCACCAAUGACAUCUGUGCCGGUCGCCUGAAGGCCGUCCUCGCCCUUUUCUUCGCCUUGAGUCGCUUCAAGCAGCAGGCCAAGCAGACCAAAUCCAUUGGAGUGGGCUGCGGCGCUGGAGGAGGAGUUGGAGUCGGAGUGGGCUCCUCAUCCACACUCACGGGCGGCGGAUCCGUUCUGGGAGUCGGAGUGGGCGGCGGUCUGAGGACUCCCGGAUCCAGUCUACACCAGGAUAAAAACCAGCCGGAUCAGCAGCAGCAACAAACGCCCCAGCAAUUGGCCCAAUCGCUGGAGAACGGCAAUGAGAUGGUGAACCGACAAAUUGCGCCCGCCUAUGCGAAGGUCAAUGGCGGAACUGCCAUUCCACUGCCCGCCACCGUGAUGGUUCAGCGUCGCUGUCCGCCGGACAAAGUGCGUCCACUGCCACCCACACCGAAUCAUACACCAUCGAUACCGGGCCUGGGAAAGAGCGGAAGUGAUUUCAAUUCGAGCCGUCCAAACAGUCCGCCCACCAGCAAUCACACAAUCCAGAGCCUCAAGAGCGGAAACAAUAACAGCCUCCGACCGCCGAGUGUGAAGAGUGGCCACCAGAGCGGCAUUCCCUCGCCGAGCAGUCCGCAGACCGCUCCGCAGAAGCACUCGAUGCUGGACAAGCUGAAGCUGUUCAACAAGGAGAAGCAGCAGAAUGCGGCGAACGCGGCCUCGGUGGCCAGCAAGUCGCAGAUCCAGUCGAAGCGGACCUCCUCCUCCUCGGGCUUCAGUUCCGCCCGCUCGGAGCGCUCCGACUCCAGCCUGAGUCUGAAUGACGGCCACGGAUCCCAGCUGAAGCCGCCCAGUAUUAGCGUGAGCUCUCAGAAACCACAGCCCAAGACGAAGCAGUCGAAGCUCCUGGCUGCGCAGCAAAAGAAGGACCAGACCAAUAAGGCCACCAAGCUGGACAAGAAGGAGAAGAGUCCGGCGAGGUCCUUGAACAAGGAGGAAUCGGGCAACGAGUCACGAAGUUCAACAAUGGGCCGGACAGGCAAGUCUUCUCUGAUUCGAGGAGUUGGUGGUGUUGAGAAGAACACUCCCAAGACGGCCUCGAAGUCCUCGCUGCACUCCAAGUCGGACUCGAAGAGCUCCUUGAAGGCGCCCCAGCUGCUGCAGAGUCCCAGUGGUGGUGGUCUGCCGAAGCCCAUUGCCGCCAUCAAGGGCACCAGCAAAUUGCCCUCCUUGGGCGGAGGAGUUGGCCAUCCCCCGGCUGCAGAGCCCCAGCAAAAUCAACAUCAGCAGAUGCUCAAACGCGAAACCAGCGACAUAUCCUCGAACAUAUCCCAACCGCCGGUGGUUGAGUCCACCGGCGGCACACAUAUCCUUCAGAACGCAGCACCUCCACCACCCUACUAUGCGAAUAGUCAGCCAACGAGUCACAUAUCAUCGCAUGGGUAUCUGAGUGAGCCCAGUACUCCGCAGCACAGCUCGGGUAUUGGUAUCUACAGUCGCCUUCCGCCACCGAAGUCCGCGCUGAGUGCUCCUCGAAAGUUGGAGUACAAUGCCGGACCACAUAUAUUGGCCUCUCCACAGCAUCACCAACGACAGCCGGGCUUGCCGCGACCCCUGGUCAACUCGGCGCCCAAUACACCCACCGCGUCGCCAAACAAGUUCCACACGAUUCCCUCCAAGAUUGUGGGCACCAUCUACGAGUCCAAGGAGGAGCAGCUGCCGCCACCACCACCAUCGUCCACUGGCAGUUCAGUCCUGCCCAUGAGACCCCUGCUCAGGGGCUACAACUCGCAUGUGACCCUGCCCACGAGAGGAGCACGUGGAGGCCACCACCCACAUCAGUCGUAUCUGGACUUCUGCGAAUCGGACAUUGGCCAGGGAUAUUGCAGUGAUGGCGAUGCCCUGCGAGUGGGUAGCUCCAGCUCCCCGGGCGGUUCGCGAUUCCACGACAUUGACAACGGAUACCUCUCUGAGGGCAGCAGUGGUCUCAGUGGACCCAGCUCAUCCGGAGGAGGCAUCUCACAUGGCAAGCACUUCCUCAGCAUGAUGCGGGCACGCACCCAACUGCCCACCACCAUCGAAGAACGUAUUCGCAACAGUCGCGGCUCCUUAGAUAGCAUCGGAACCGCCGCGAACGGCAGCUCAGCGGCCAGCCAGGCCAGCUCCAGCGGCGGCUCCACCACCACCCACGCCCACAACAACAACAACAAUAACAACAACAACGGAGGCGGCGGUAAAAUGGAUGGCAGUCCCCAUCACCGACCAGGAUCUCGGAAUGGACGUGACAAUUGGAGCAAGAUGCCGGAACCGCAGAAGGGGGACAAGUCGGAGAAGUCCUCCCCCUCGCGUCGUAGCAUGGGCGGCGGGAGUGGCGGCUCCUCCAAACAGGGCUCCCCCUCCUCCUCGUCGCGAACUAAGGGCGUACCGCCCAGCUUUGGCUAUGUGAAGCGGGCCAAUGGCAGCAUCACCUCGACUGCCGAGCAGCAGAACAUCGCCAUGAUGAUGGCCGCCGGCGGAGUGGCAGCCAACGGAAUGCCCUGCGGUCGUACUGCUCAUGUAUCGGCGGUUCCGAGGACCGCGAGCGGUCGCAAAAUCGCCGGCGGUACUCAAACCCUGCCCAAUGACAUAAACAAGCUGCCUCCGAAUACCCAGCAUCGCAGCUUUUCCCUAACCGGUCCAACGGCCACACAAUUGAGCCAAUCCAUCAGGGAACGUCUGGCCACAGGAUCACACAGUCUGCCAAAGCCUGGCAGCGAUUUGCACGUGUUUCAGCACAGGAUCUCCAAUCGCGGAGGAGUUCGCCACGAUGGAUCGCUCUCCGAUACGCAAACCUACGCAGAGGUCAAGCCCGAAUAUAGCUCAUACGCAAUGUGGCUGAAGCACAGCAAUACGGCCGGAAGUCGCUUGUCGGACGGUGAGCCCGGAGAGCAGCUGCAGAUAGGGUCGCCGGCGAUGACCCGACAUGGCCACAAGAUGAUACACCAGCGAUCGGGCGGACCGGGUCAGAUGGCGGGUCAAAUGUCGGGCAACGAGUCGCCCUAUGUGCAAAGUCCGCGCAUGAACCGCAGCAACAGCAUAAGAUCCACGAAAUCCGAGAAGAUGUAUCCCUCGAUGCUGAGCCGUGGAGGCGAGGUGGAAAUCGAACCGUACUACUGCCUGCCCGUGGGCACCAACGGCGUUCUCACGGCCCAGAUGGCGGCUGCCAUGGCGGCUCAGUCGCAGGCGGCACAGGGAAAUUCCGGAGUGGGCGUCGGUGUGGGGGGCGUGGCCUGGAGCCAGCCCACCUCGCCCACUCCGCUCAACCGCGGCCCCUUCACCGCAGCCGCAGCUGCCUCGGUUCUAUCGCCCACCCAUGGCUCCACAGCCGGCGCAGGACUCGGCGGAGCAGGUGGUACCAUGGUCGGACAUCGACUCACAUAUCCCAAGAAGAAUGACGAAGUUCACGGCAGUGCCGCCUCCUUGCUGUCCGGGGGCAGUUCCCUGUACGGAAACGCCGAGGAGCGGCAGGCCCACGAAAUCCGGAGGCUGAAGCGCGAGCUGCAGGAUGCCCGGGACCAGGUGCUCAGCCUGAGCAGUCAGCUGUCAACCAAUGCCCAUGUGGUCACCGCCUUUGAGCAAUCGCUGUCCAACAUGACCAACCGCCUGCAGCAACUGACGGCGACGGCGGAGCGCAAGGACGGCGAGCUGACGGACAUGCGGCAGACCAUCGAGCUGCUGAGGAAGCAGUCCAUCCAAGCGGGCCUGACCACGGCGCACAUGCAGAGCAUGGGUGUCCAGACGCAGGGUCAGGGAGCAGGGAUGCAGGCCCAACCGGGUCAGACGGCCGCAGAGCUGAAGCCCCCAAGCACAGCAGCUCAAAGGACCACCAACAACAAUGGCCCACUGACCCUGGGAAUGCAGCGACAGCAUAGCACCGACUCCAUGUGCUCCUUGAACUCCAUCAGCUCCGGCUGCUCGGCGGCCCAGGACAAGAACAAGGCCAACAAGAAGAAGGGCUGGCUGAGGAGCAGCUUCACCAAGGCCUUCUCCCGCAAUGCCAAGAUCGCCAAGACGAGCCGCCAUGUGGGUGGCCAUCAUCAUCAUCACCACAACCACUCGCAGCAGGAGUUGCCCCUGUCCAAUGGUCACGGGGAGCCCUUGGGUCUGGCCUCGCUGGCCACCCAACCUGCUCCUCCUUUGCCUAACAGCAAGCAGAGUAGUCCUGCCAAGACUUUGACCCUCAUAGACAAUGCCAAACCCAUUGAUGCCAUCGAGCAGGAGGAUCAGCAGGUGGUGGAGGACCUGAAAAAGCAACUACGCGAGAAGGAUCUUGUGCUGACCGACAUUCGCCUGGAGGCCCUGAGCUCUGCCUCCCAGUUGGAGAGCCUCAAGGAGAUGAUGAACAAGAUGCGGGCGGAGAUGAUGUCGCUGAAGCACAACAACGAGCGGCUCCAGAAACUGGUGACCACCAGGUCACUGGCGGGCUCUGAGGCAAGUUUGGGUCAGGCCAUUAGUCCCAAUGGAUCGGUGGCUGGGAGCUCGGAGGUCUCUAGGCGUUAUUCCCUGGCCGAUGGCAACAAUCGUCCUCCCAUGGAUCUGCCAGCUCGUCUAAGUGAGGAACUCGAGCUGGAGGAGGAAUGUCUGCCCCCGGCUCCAGCUCCCGAACCACCACCGCCGCCGGCUCCAAAUGGCGUGGUGGGUGUGGCGCCCCUCAGUCCCAGUACCCACAUUGAUUUGACUCCUCCUCCUCCUGCUUUGGAGGCAGCUCCUCUGGCCAGUCCCGUGCACAUAGCCAGUGCCACCGAGGAGCUGGCGGACGUGUGUGAUGGCAAGAAGAUAGCCAUUGCCUGUUACCUAGGACAACCGGAGGCUUUUACCAAGUACUGCGAGGAGCUGCAGGAACUCGAUGGCUUCUAUGCCAAUGGUCACGAGGCAGAUGCCCAAUCCCAGGGCGAUCGGAAGUCCAACUACGCCAGUGCCAGCUGCAACGAGUUCGUCAUCGCCUGCACCUACAUCUCCGGCAAGACGACGUGGCAGAAUCUGGACUACGUGGUACGCAAGACCUUCAAGGACUACGUGGCUCGUAUUGAUCCGGGCACUAAUCUGGGCCUCAACACGGACUCCAUCACCUCGUACCAUCUGGGCGAGGCGAAGAGGGGUCCCGAGAUGGGUUUCCCCGAGCUCCUGCCCUGCGGCUACAUUGUGGGCAGUGUUCGAACCCUCUACAUCUGCCUGCAGGGAGUGGGAAGUUUGGCCUUCGACAGCCUCAUCCCGCGCAGCAUUGUCCACAGAUACAUCAGCCUGCUCACGGAGCACCGUCGUCUGAUCCUGUGCGGACCCAGUGGCACUGGCAAAUCCUAUCUGGCUCGCAGGCUGGCCGAGUUCCUCGUGGCCCGGGCAGCCAGGGGCAAUCCCUCGGAGGCCAUUGCCACAUUCAACGUUGACCACAAGUCCUCGAAGGAUCUGCGUCAGUAUCUGGGCCACAUCGCCGAACAGGCUGCCAUCGCCAAUGGCGCCUCCGAGCUUCCCUCUGUGAUCAUUCUGGACAACCUGCACCAUGCCUCCGCCCUGGGCGAUGUCUUCUCCUGUCUGCUGAGCGCCGGACCGGCCAACAAGCUGCCCUGCAUCAUUGGCACCAUGUCGCAGGCCACCUGCAACACCACCAACCUGCAGUUGCACCACAACUUCCGAUGGGUCCUCACAGCCAAUCACAUGGAGCCCGUUAAGGGUUUCCUGGGCCGUUUUCUGAGACGUCGGCUUUUCCAGCUGGAGCUGCAGACCCAGCAUCCCCAGCCGGAACUGGCCGCAGUACUGGCCUGGUUGCCCUCCGUGUGGCAGCACAUCAACCGCUUCCUGGAGGUGCACAGCUCCAGCGAUGUGACCAUUGGCCCCAGGCUGUUCCUCGCCUGUCCGCUGGAUCUGAAGGACUCGCAAGUAUGGUUCACGGACAUCUGGAACUACCAUCUGUCGCCCUACUUAGUGGAGGCGGUGCGGGAGGGCGUGCAGCUCUAUGGACGACGAGGUGGCGCCUGGAACGACCCCUCCGCCUUUAUAAGGAACUCCUAUCCCUGGCCCUAUGGUCCGGAUUCAGUGCCCCCACUGCGACAGAUCAAUGCCGAGGAUGUGGGACUCGAGGGCGUGGCCCUAACCAACGGGGAGCAGCAGGAUCCCUUGCUGAACAUGCUGAUGCGCCUGCAGGAGGCGGCCAACUACUCGGAGGCCCAGGACCAGGAAUCCGAUUGCGCCAGCCUGGACUCGAAUGUCACCCCCGACAGUUCAGCCGGAGCCGAGUAAAGAGCUACAUAAACCAACCACUUCGAACAUGCCAAAUUUAGAUGGACUAACUAGGAGGAACGCGCUGCCGAGGGUCUGCACAUCACCAGGAUCAACCUGACAUCCCUUCCCGCACAAAUGAGACUUCUUGCACUACUUUCGCAGCCUGGUUCAAAAGCAGUUCCAAGAGUUUUCCAUUUGCACCAAAUCACUUUUAUCCCUAGCCAUCUCUAACCACUACCUGCCAUCUAGAGUAAAUUGCACUUUUUAGCGCACUUGUUAAAAAUGCAAAUUGUCAAGACCCACACAAAACCCCACUAGCAACCCAAACAUCUUGGCCCCCGGCGGCGUUUCCCAAAAGAACCCCAAAAACUGGAGAGAAGAAACCCCCUAACAUGAAAUGUUAACGAACGUAAAUUCAUUUUUGUAUAUAUAGACAAAGAAAAUACCCUAUGCUUAAGUGCGCAUCUGUCCGGCGGUUUAGACUUUUUAUACCCUGUAUCCUAGCCCUGGACCGGCAGAUCGUUUAAAUUAAACUGCAACUAAUACCUAACUCUACUGUACAUGUAGCUAUAAGUUUUUGCUACUACCACUUUACAAGAUGUAUAGUUGAAGGAAAAAGCUUUCACUUUAGUUUAAUUAUUUGCGUAAUUAUCAUUAAAUAUUGUUACAAACAUAUAGCAUAUUUAUAAAACCCAAUGAAUCAAGAUACCAUUUAAAUAUUUAUUAUGCCAAGCCGCGCUUAAACACAGGAAUACGCGAAAGUGAAUACGUAAAGCCCCCAUCCUCGACGAAAUAGCUAAAUUACCGACUCACCGGAUCCCUAUCGAAAGAUAAACACAUAUACUACCCAUGCAAGCAGUAAAGCUAUAUGAUACGAUAAAGCAAAUUAUGUGUCUCUGUCUAAUUUAAAUGUGUGCAUUUAUGAGAUUAUGACAUCAAAUCAAAAUAAAAUAUAAUAUCAAAAAUUAA